GUCAACUGACCAUAUAUUGCUUGCCCCCGUUUCCACAGGCUCACUCAUGGCAAAUUGCGGAGGAUUCAACUGUGGAAUUAUUGGUUUCACCAACAGAAGAACAGUUGAUUUCAGUCAACGUGAACGAAACUAAUCUUGCUUCCCACUGUGACCCACCCGAACUUCACAAGAUGCAAGAGACUCAGGAAAUCACUGUGACUGAAUCUACACCCCCAGCAAAUAACCCCGCGGACAAAACCAGGCGUUAUUCGGUACGAUCCAGAAGAAUUUUUGAUGAGUGCUUUGAAAUGGUUGACAGAAACUUCUUCGCUUCCGACAGGAAGGUUGGAGCACUUGAUGGUUUUUACUUUGCAUCGUUCUCCGUGGACUCCGCGCUUCGCUCAGGCCCCCCAAGCCAAAUCAACCUAGUAGAAGAUCAGUGUGUGGAGUGCCUCAAUGCAGAUAACCCGGACUGUUGGGUAGCCAAAGUCCAUCCUAUUCUGAAUAGAUCAGCGAGUUCACAAAAACGAGGGCGUCGUGACUCUGCUUUACCCGACAGCCCCGUAGCCAAAGAUAACCCGGAUGAGGGGGCACCUACGAAUGGAUUGUAUUCUCCACAGACCAACGGUCAUAGUGAAAAUGAAAGACCCAGUGUUGGAAGGGUCAAUUCAGUAUGUCUCACUCGAAUUCUCAGAGGAACAGCUAAAGGAAAAAGGGAUCCACGAGAACUCUUUCGGGAGGAAGUUAUCACCAUUUCGAACAAACAGCAAGAAUCAAAAAUGAAACGAAGGUGUUCCAACUGCCGUGGCGUUUUACGGAAGCUAUGCUGCGGUUUGCUCGGCAACCAACCGCCCUCAAAUCUCUCGAGGUAUGCGCUGACAGAGUUGAUAGAAACCGAACGUGAAUAUGUCAAAGCAUUGACACCGCUUUUGGACGCCCUCACGAGAUUUGGUACACGAGUGACACUACACCUGGGGGAAGCAACUGAAGAAACUAUCGAUCUCCCAAAACCCCUUCAACAGUGUAUCAGAAAUUUGCGGGACAAGCUGAAGAAAAUUAUCGAUUUCACGGAGAAGACACUGCUGGACGAGUUGGCCGCCUGCACAAUGAAUCCUCCUUCCGCAGCUGAAUGCUUCAUAAGAAAUGCUGCAGCACUGGAGCACUAUUCAAUCUAUCUACUUCAUUUGGACGCGUUCGUCAAACAGCUCACUCUGACCAAUGGUCCUGACUCCGAUGCGCUGUUUGUCCUACAGGACAGCUCUUCGCCUCCAAGGUCACCCACAGAAAAUGGUGACAGUACAUCAGCUCUAUGCAAUCAACGAAAAAGUAUUACUUAUAAAUACCUGCUGGAACUUUUAAACCUGCCGAAGUUGCGACUUCUGGCGUAUCGUGUACUGUUACGAGAUGUAGCUCGUUACACGUCACAAGCAGGAGCAAGCACAGAGCAGCUAGAACACGGUAUGACUGUUAUUGCCCGAGCAUCACGCAGAACCGAGGAGAGCUUGCUGUUUUGGACUAAGAUCAAUCAAACUACCUCCGAAUGCGUGGAGUGGAUAAACAUGUAUAAAAACAAACGUAUCGGGAACUUGAUGCCCCCAGCUCUGGUCCGUUUGACGGACCUUGAGACGAACAUCCGCACUGGCCUUCGACCUAAUGCUGCGGAAACAAAAAAAGGUCGUCUAAUUUUACUGCCACAACACAUUCUGUUUCUCCAGCAACCGGAAUCCAUUGAUACUUGGGAUAUUUCAUGGAUAAUGAAGGUUGGUCUGGAUGGUUUGCGAAUCGGGGCAUCUGAACUGUCGGACAAACAGCCACCGUGGUUUGAAAUAUGGAACACUGAAGGCUCUGACCCGACCAAGAAAAUUGUACGGAUCUACUGUGCUGACACCCUCAGCCAGGACGCAUGGAUGGAAGACAUACGUCGUGCACUGAUGAAUUUGCUGCAAUGUGGUGAUGAGGAAACCCAUGUGGAUGGUGCCGUGGUGAGUGCACACGAAGAGGCAGACUUGCGAAAACGACUAAAGUUUGCCCAUGUGAUGGAGCUACCAGCCUUUCGGAGUGAUUCAUUGGAGGAUUUUUUCGUCGAUGCGCUAGAGGAUUUGCAAAAGCAGCAGGCUACGUUCAGUUCUGUGGAUGAUACACACAAUGGUCAGAAGCCUCAGGUGUUGGAUUUAGCCAGCAUGUCUAUGGCGACAUCCAAGAAGCAGGACAGUAGCACUUCUUCGUCAUAUCAUACAGCGGAAGAACCUUCAGAAGAUCAUCAGACUUCCUGCGCCAAGGAAACAUCAACAACUCUCUAUGAGUCGUAUACCACCUUGGACGACGUGAGAACUCCGUUCUCCGAAGAUCAACGUUCGAUGUUUGAGGAUAAUUUAGAAAAUAAAGAAGACAGUAUGCCGCUGGAUGCACCACCAGGAGCAGUGGUGAAAACCCUUACUGUAGGCGCUGGCGAACAGAUCCAGUUCAACGCUUCUUUCACAAUUUCCGGUCCUAUUGCAUAUGAGGUAACAUGGAUGAUGAAUGGUUUGCCAAUUCCACCAACAAUUGAUGCAGAUAUGAUUCUAUCGGACACAGAUACGCGGCUUCUCAUAGGACAUGCCGAUCCCGCGGUACAUUCAGGAACGUAUGCAUGCCGAUGCCGUUUGUUCGAUGGUACUCAAACAGCGGUGUACUUUUAUGUCAAUGUAGUACCCAAAGAACCGGAACUAAGUGAAGACGACGAAGAGCAGGCAGAACAACAAGUCACGGUUAGUGAGGUUAGAGAACCGGCAUACCGAGAGAGCAUAUCGCCGGCGGUAGUACUGACUCCAGUAGCCCGCCAACUCGAUAUACCUAUCGGCCAAGUCCUAGAACUGGCAGUGGAGGUUCAACGUGACGUUCUGGCAUCUGUGAUUUGUAACUUCAAAGGGAUAAAGGACAAGAAAGCAGUGCAGCCCGUUCUUGUAGACUGGUAUCACGACGACGUGCUGUUGCAACCAAGCUCCAACUGCAUAAUGAGUCAAAAAGAAGCAAUGGCUACGCUGCAAACAGUGACAACAAACUUUAUGCCUGAUCAGCAAUCUGAAUAUAAGUGUGUUCUUCGUCUGCCCAAUGAAUACAGUGAAGCUAUUCAGUUAAGUACUUCGAUAAUCGUACACUUCCACGAGCCGACACAAGAAGAACUGGCGAGUGGAUUCGCACCUGUUGCGUCGCUGGUACCACCAACUUAUGAAUCCUUGCCGAAAGCGGUCAGUAUAAGUGACCUUAUAGACAUCCAGCUGAUUCAGGGCCAACGAUUCCAUCUUGUCGCGCCGUUUGAUCUGCAAUCAGCCAAUGAUGAUUUGGCAAUCUGGUGGACCCAUAACGACGAAAUAAUAGCUAGUAGGAAUUUCGAUAUGGAUAACGUGAAGGAUUUCAAAUGUCUUUUGAACAAGAACAACCAAACAAUCAAGCUUGUAAAGCCAACUGCAGAGAAGGAUGAUGUUGGAUUGUACACAUGUUGGGUUAGCGAUGCUGGGGAGAAGAAAAACGGUCAAAAAUGUAUUGAGUAUGCUGUAGAUAUUCUUGAGUCUGAUAGUGAGUUGGACAGUGAAAUCAGGUCUCAGCUAGAGGAUGAAUUAAGUCAGUUUGGACAGGAAUCCCUAAACGAGGAAGUCUUCCUAACCGAGCAAACGGAUGAAUCCCUGGAAGAACAGAGUGACGUACAAAAUCAUCUCGAAUUGAAACAAUCAGAAGUUUGCGGGGAAACGGAUGAAGAUGAGCAGCAACAUGUGCAGUUAACAGAGACCCCGAAUCUCGAGGAAGAGUUCGGGUACAGUGAUCAGAAACAACCACAGCACACUGUGGAUGCGGAUGAUUCUGAAUGGAGCAAACCAGUAGAGGAGCAAAGCAGCUAUCGUGACCAGGAUCUUGUGCAUAAAGGGGAUAGCUUUGAAGAAAGUACAAAGAAAAAUGAAGAAAUUUCUGAGAAGAGUGGCAAGGAAAAUCUGAGCACUGCUUACGACGAUCGUCAAAAUGAGGGAUGGAUGUUCACCGAAGAAGCUAGAGACGACAGGCUUAUUAAUGCGUUGGAACAGACGCAUGAAGUAGUAGAGGAUGGACCAUACAACGGAGAACAGUGGCAGCAGGAAACUGAAACUGUGAGGGCUAAGGAAUCGGACAAAACUUUAAAACAGAAAGAGACUUCCAUAUCGGAAAACAGGAACGAAGAUGAAGAUGUAAAAUGCAGUGAUGGGUCAAAACUAGAAACAGAAGACCGAACCUGUGCUGAAGAAGAGCAGAAGCGAAAAGCGGAAGAGGAACAGUUUAGAGCUGAAGAAAGGAAUCGGCAGGAAGAGGAAAAGCUUUUCGUCUUGGCGCAGCUGAAACAAAUGACGGAAGACGUUGCAAUGAUCCAAAUGAGUGAAGACGGGCAAUACGUGGGGAAACAAGUUGCAACCGAAAGCGAGUGGGCGCUAACUGAAGGGGAAAUAGAACCACAAAGAGAAGAGGAGGAUAUAUAUUGUGACAACAGGGAAAUGAGGCAAUUGGCGGACGAAACACUUGAAGACGAGAAGGAACUGGAUAAUACUGAGAUGAGUAUUGGAGGUGAAAGUGAUGAAGGUAAGCACGGAAAAAAAGAAGCGUCGGCUCCAGUAGCAGACAGAAGAAGCAAGAAUGGUAAUAAGCUUACCGAAAGUGAAGAAGUCGAGACAAUCCGUGGUGGUUAUGGAGAGGUGAUCGUCAUGGAUGGAGAAAGGAAACUCCACAAUGAAGAGGAGACCACAAGCGUCAAAGAAGAAGUGGAGCGCAACAAGGAUGAAGGGUUUGAAGAAGAAGCAAAGCGCGAGGAGGAGAAAACCCUAGAUGAUAAAACCCUCGGAGGCGAUGAAGAGUUGGCUAUAACAACACAGUUGAGGCAAAAGGAGAAUGAUCGACAUGAUUACGCUAAAAUGGACGAAAGGAAAAGUGAAGCAAGAGAUUUGGAAACCGGAGGUACUAGGGUUGAAGAAGGAGAGGAAGCAAAAUUAGAAGAGGAGAGGAGGUGUGAGGCUGGAGGGAUUCAGUGGGAGCGAAAGGUUAAAGAAGAAGAGAGGAAAAACGAGGCCGAGGAGGAGGAGAAAGCGAAACUGGAGGAGGAAAAGAAGCAAAAGGCAGAAGAGGAUGAGAUGAAGGCGAAACUGGAGGACGAAGAAAAGAAGCGUAAGACGGAGGAGGAAAAGAAGCGGAAGUCGGAGGAGGAGGAGAAAAAGCGUAAGGCCGAGGAAGAAGAGAAGAAGCGGAAGGCAGAAGAGGAGGAGAUGGUGAAACUAAUGGAAGAAGAGACGAGGCGAAAGGCUGAGGAGGAAGAGAAGAAGCGUAGCGUGGAGGAGGAAGAGGAGAAGCGGAAGGCUGAGGAGGAGAAGAAGCGGAAGGCGCAGGAGGAGGAGAAAGCGAAACUAAUGGAAGAAGAGAAGAAGCGUAAGGCGGAGGAGGAAGAGGAGAAGCGUAAGGCGGAGGAGGAGAAGCGGAAGGCGGAUGAGGAGGAGAAAAAGCGUAAAGCGGAGGAGGAGAAGAAGCGUAAAGCAGAGGAGGAGGAGAAAAAGCGUAAAGCGGAGGAGGAGAAGAAGCGUAAAGCAGAGGAGGAGGAGAAAAAGCGUAAAGCGGAGGAGGAGAAGAAGCGUAAAGCAGAGGAGGAGGAGAAAAAGCGUAAAGCGGAGGAGGAGAAGAAGCGGAAGGUAGAGGAAGAAGAGAAGAGGCGGAAGGCUGAGGAGGAGGAGGAGAAAAAGCGUAAAGCGGAGGAAGAAGAGAAAAAGCGGAGGGCUGAGGAGAAAAAGCGUAACGCGGAGGAGGAGGAGAGGAAGCGUAAAGCAGAGGAGGAGGAGAAAAAGCGUAAAGCGGAGGAAGAAGAGAAAAAGCGGAGGGCUGAGGAGAAAAAGCGUAACGCGGAGGAGGAGGAGAGGAAGCGUAAAGCAGAGGAGGAGGAGAAAAAGCGUAAAGCGGAGGAGAAGAAGCGGAAGGCUGAGGAGGAAGAGGAGAAGCGGAAGGCAGAGGAGGAGAAGAAGCGGAAGGCAAAGGAAGAAGAGAAUAUGCGGAAUGCUGAGGAAGAAAAGAAGCGUAAGUUGGAGGAGGAGAAGCGCAAGGUGGAGGAGGAAGAGAGGAAGCGGAAGGCGGAGGAGGAAGAGAGGAAGCGGAAGGCAGAGGAGGAGGAGAAAAAGCGUAAAGCGGAGGAAGAAGAGAAAAAGCGGAGGGCUGAGGAGAAAAAGCGUAACGCGGAGGAGGAGGAGAGGAAGCGUAAAGCAGAGGAGGAGGAGAAAAAGCGUAAAGCGGAGGAAGAAGAGAAAAAGCGGAGGGCUGAGGAGAAAAAGCGUAACGCGGAGGAGGAGGAGAGGAAGCGUAAAGCAGAGGAGGAGGAGAAAAAGCGUAAAGCGGAGGAAGAAGAGAAAAAGCGGAGGGCUGAGGAGAAAAAGCGUAACGCGGAGGAGGAGGAGAGGAAGCGUAAAGCAGAGGAGGAGGAGAAAAAGCGUAAAGCGGAGGAAGAAGAGAAAAAGCGGAGGGCUGAGGAGAAAAAGCGUAACGCGGAGGAGGAGGAGAAGAAGAAGCGUAAUGCGGAGGAGGAGGAGGAGGAGGAGAAGAAUCGGAAGGCUGAGGAGGAAGAGAGGAAGAGUAAGGCGGCGGAGCAGGAGGAGAAAACGAAACUUGAGACUAAAGGGAAGAAGCGGAAGGCUAAGGAGGAGAAGGUAAAACUGGCGGAGGAGUGUAAGCGCAAAAUCAAUGAAACGGUUGAGAAACACAUGGAUGAGCAAAAAACAGAAAUAAUGUCGCAGGAGGAAGCGCAAAGUAAAAUUUCAAGUUCUGCGCGCACUGAGGGAGUUGUUGUUGAAGGCUUUGAUAUUGUUGAUUUCGAGCGUGGUGCAGAUGUUUUUGAAUCGCCGAAGCAGAAGAACCUCACGGAUGUUCUGGAAGAAGAAAUGGAAGAGCCUGAUUUUGAAGACGAAGAAUUUAAUAGGAAGAAAUACGAAUCACGAAAGCAAAAAGAGAAAAAGCAUUCAGAAAAGUCUGACGCCGCGAGCAUGAAUAUGUCUGAUUCACGUGGAAUGGAGUUCGCCGCAUUGUCAAAUGCGCAGAUAACCGGGCUACCGUCGGAUGAUUCCGACGUUCCAGCUGACAAAGUUUACUUUAAAACAUUUGAGGCCGAUUCUGUGAAAGAAGCUACGACGUUAGCCAAAGGUCAGCUUGGUGAAGAAACUAUAGAAAAGAGAAAGGACCGUAAACGUAGAACGGAUGUUGAUACUCAUGAGAAGAAGGUUGGCAAUCGAAAACCAUCCAAGGGAAGAGUUGACCAGCUGGAGGUUGUCACCCAGCAAGGAAACCAAGCUGAAGCUGUGAAAGAUCACCUAGAGGAAACGACGUUUCGGAGGUUAGAGGAGAAACCAGAUAUUGCUCCACACCGGGAGUCGGUGGACAUAGUCACAUCACAUGAAAUGAAAGGCGAAGAUGAAACAAGAAGUGGAGCGGAAAAUGAAUACAUCAAGACAAUUGGACAGGAGGCGGACAGCAGGCCUCUGCUGUUCACGAUAGAGCAUAAAACAUCUGAAUUGGAACGAGCUGAGGAGCAUGUUCAGCAAACCGAUGAUUCUAUCUGUAUUCCGCUUGCUGAAGCUGUGGCUUUGUCCGGACAGAGUUUGUUGAGUGCAGUCAAAGGUCAUUCUUUCAAGAUUAGUGUCACAGACCUUCCAAACAUACCACUAAAGUUAAGUUGGUACUUAAACGAUGAGCUCAUCACGGAGGAUGAAUUACUACCUCCCGGUACAAACGGUCAGAAUGGAGUAGUUGAUGUGUGUCACAUGCCAUCGGCAACGCUGUAUAUCAGGAAUCUGACUGAGGCGGAUACGGGUAUUUAUCAUCUGAAAAUAGUUGACUUAGAGGGCAAUGCAGAUGAAGCACUUGGACCUUUGGCAACUGUGGACGUCCCCGUUAAGCUCAAGAAGCGUGCCCGUGACAAGGUGAAGCGUUCGAAGGACAUACCAGCCACUAUCCCAUUCGAAUUUGAGAAACUGCGAUGCACCGACCUAUCCACACCAAUUAUUGAGGGUUCGAAUGUGGAGCUCGUCGCACGAUUUCCAACGUUUGGUCUAGACUACGAUGAAAAUGACUUUCAGUGGUUGGUAGAUGGGAAGGCGGUCAGUAGUGCGGGACCACUGGUGCGAGUUGAUACAGAUCCAAACCAAGGGCACGUUUCCCUGGUUAUUCCAAACAUCCAGCCGGAGCAUGAAGGAAUAUACAGUAUACGCUUUUCAGACAAUGCGCGAAAACGCAUCCAAGAUAAUGUCCCAGCUAAUCUUCCUAUGGGCGACUUGUCUAAAGCACUGGUGUUCCCACCAUUGGUUAUUCUCAAAAAACAACAAACAUCGCAAGCUAUGGGCUACUCGGAAAGAUGGCAGCCAUCCAACUGUCGACCGUCCGCUUUUGAUAGAGAAUUACCGCCGUCCACGUCAAUCAAAGAGGGAGAACAUGCUAAACUAGAAGCUCGACUUGGUAGAAAUCAUGAAAUAUUUGGUCACGAAUGGCUUGUGAACGGAAAGCCAAUACUGCCAGAAUUUACUUCGGACUACACGAUAUGGCGUGCGGACAACUUGCUUGCACUCACAAUUCCAAGAAUGCGGCGCGAUUUGGCCGGCAUAUACGAGUUACGUGUCUUUGGUGAACAAGACUUGUAUACGACUAGCACCGAACUGAUUGUGGAGCCAUCGAGAGCAAAAACCUCCAGCUAUAAGCUCACUUCUGCUGAUGGAUUAAAGCCAUUGUUCACCAAACGACUACAGGACUACGAAGUUGAUGUCGGUGACUGCGUACGCUUUACUGCACGUGUUAUGGCAGAACCGCCAGCAGUCAUUGUGUGGAAACACAACGGUAAUAUUGUGACGGGUGAUCAUCGAAUCAAGUUGUUCAACGACGAUGCCAACCCAUCGCUCACUAUUCGACAUGCUAGGCCAGAAGAUCGUGGACGAUAUUGUUGCAUCGCGACAAACGCUUUGGGACGCGUGGACACAGAGGGUGUACUGCAAGUCCAUGACACUGAUCGCUAUGUACCUCUGGGGGACGAGUUUGAUGCUGCAGGUUCUCUUGAAGGACGCAAAGAAAUUGGAGGAUCGAAGAGAACUGCGUUACCUCGUACUGCUCCAGAGGUCGCUUUAGCUUCAGUGAGUGUCUCCAAUAUUGAUCUCCGCUGGAAGCCUAUACAGUCGGACGAAGGUGUAACUUACAUUGUGGAAUUGAGCAAGGAUGGUGGAAAAUGGUGGAAACCAAUCAUCACAAGUUUACGCGAGACGCAUGCCUCAAUUUCAGAGGAAUUGGCAUCCCCACUGGAACCAGUUCAACUUCGUGUUGUUGGAGAGAACGAAUUCGGUACUGGACCAGCCUCAACACCACCAGUUCGAAUCCCAGCUCGAGCUUGUAUCCCAACAAUGCCACAGGUAAAACCAGAUAUUGAGUUUGAGGAGGCUGCUUCUGUCCUAAUCAAAUGGCCCAAGGCCACAGCAUCCAUUAUGGAACAUACGCUACUGGCGGAGCACGUGAUCAGUCCAAGUGCAAUGCUCGGUCAGGUGUGGUAUGCUGUCGAAGUUCGUGAGGGGGCACAAUCAGAGUGGAGACGCGUGGCCACGAACCUAAAGAAUCAGUGUUACACGUAUCACUUGCGUCCAGGUGCAAGCACUGCGAUUCGUGUAGUGGCGGCUAACCGCUUUGGCGAGUCAAGUCCGACACCAAUCGGUUUAGCCCAUUUGGACCCAAAUACACUAGCUCCGAAUUUGGACUUCAAUCCACCUUGGGUAUCUUUAAAUCGACCAGUGUCAGACGAUGGUCCCACAUAUGAAAUGCAACCGCUGGGGGUGACUGUGCACUGGAAGCCAGCAUAUAUGCCGGAGUUCUGCUCAUCAUGUGUUAGAGGUCUAGAACCAAUGUACCGACUGGAAUGGCGACGGGGGAGAUCUGGAAUGUGGCAAGCCCUUGCAGAUGACUUGACGGACCCCGAUGCAGGAUUUCGUCUUCCUACAGAUCUUGUUCUGGCUUUACAGGACGAUGCUAAGCGCAUGAAGGAUUCAAGAAGUCUUGUUGCACUAAACAGUCAAGCCAUUGAACUUCGCUUAUUCUGCUGGAACAAGUACGGCGAAAGCGGACCAACAAAACCCUGCCGUUUGGUCGCUUCGCAGUUAUUCCGCGGGCAACUAUAUAAAAACAGCACCGUAAUGGACAAGGAUUCUAUGCAACUUUCGCAGAUCACGGACGUGUUACAAGAACUGGACCAGUUGCCAGUAAUGUCUGCCAAUGAUCGGUGCUCAAGAUUACUAAUACGUAUCAGCUCGCUCAGUACCACAGAAGGAAUUGGACUGAGUUGGGAAAAAUUCACACUCACGGGCUUACCGAAAGCCUCAGGUGAUCAACCACCUGAACCGCAUGGUAGAUACCGAAUUGAAAAAUAUACUGCGAAACCUAGCUCACCCAUGGACAGUCCGAACACAAACCAAACAGAUUGGAAAUUGGCUAGUCUUGAUGCUGCUGUGAUUUAUGGUGAGGAUUUUAUCCUUGAUACAAGGCCGGAUAAGGAGGAACAAAUUUAUCGGCUGUUAGCACUGAACGAAACAGAAACAUGCUCCAUGUGGGUCGAUGGUUACAAUCGGAUCAGGAUUCCACCACUCAGUGAACUGGUUCCUGCAGCGCCCACAGACCUUACAAUCCAGUGCGUGCCCGUGAAUGACUCGACCAUUUCGGCCGAAAAUCACAUAACCUGGAAACCGGCAAACCAACACCCUCUACUAGUUGAACUUUCACCAUCAUCUGAACUUGUCGAAGCUAGAGAGCUAGCUAAUCCACCGCUUGAUUUACGGUACCGCAUUGAAGCCCGGUCAACCCUCAGUGAACUGUCACCAUGGCGCCAGGUCGCAGAAGUUUAUGGAGGGACAACAAGUGCUGUGGACAGGAAGGCAGAACCUGGUCUGGCAUUGAUAUACCGUAUCACGCCAAUCAAUCGCUUUGGUGAAGGUUCAUCUGUGACAUCACCGCCUAUUCGGACUCCAAUACUCUAUUCGGCUCUGGAGGGUUGCAUAGAAGAUGUGCGAUACGUUAUCCUGGGACCAACUGAGUUUCAGUUACGCUGGCGUUUGGGUGACGCAGCAAUCGACGCUUUGAAGCACGAUCAACCCAACACAUGGGGAAGAAAGCGAAGUCUAUGCCGCUCUGGCUCCGUUGACUACUCGGAACGAGUUAGUUUCACGGUAGAGGUCCGGGGUGGGUACGCUGGUGAUUGGUCCCCAGCUGUGGAAGAAAUUCAGGGAGACUUGAACGCCAAAGCUCUCUUACAAGAUUGCCACUAUCUAGAUCAUGACAUUUCAUGUCGCAUUGUGGCGCUUAUUGAUGGACAACGGUCCCCUCCAAGUCGACCUAUACGACUGAACGUUCGAGCAGAUGCCAUGACACCGGACUACACCUUUGUCAAGCCCAAAGUUCACGUCGAAACGGUGGAAGAAUACGUCAUUAGCUGGGAUGAGCCGGAUGUGCAGGAGAUCUACUCCUCCCAUACUUUGGGCUUGACAACUCCGCAAACGUUGCAGAAAGAAAUGAACUACGCCGUUCAGGUUCAACGGGAAGGCAAACCCCAAUGGGAAACGAUUGCCACUCAGUUGAAAGAGCCACAUUAUACAUGGGCACAACCAAACCCCUUACAAGCGUAUCACGUACGUGUUUUACCCGCGAACCAGUUUGGAACUGGGAUACCGUCUCGUUCUAUUCGAGUCGAGCCGCAAGUUGUUAUUCCUGAUCUCAGUUUCAUCCGACCAUCAAUUGAAGCGCCUGCUGAUAUCCUAGCAGGAAGUACAGCUCCGGAAUUAGUGUGGCAACUGCCCCGGGCGUACAGUCUGGAAAAGACUUUGACACCAGUCACCUACGAAGUACAGGUUCGUGGAGUGGCCAAUGCAUCACGCCUGGCACUAAGUCCCGUUCCGCGUGCAGAUCACAGCGCAUCACGACAGUCCGCAGCGGAUGAUGACGAGACAGUAUGGAGGGUGUUGGAGACUAACGUCAAGCGAACACGUCUCCCGUUGGGACGCCUGGAUCCGGAGCAAGAAUUCUGGCUUCGUAUUGUAGCUGUGACGGCCUACGGUCGAGGAGCUCCAAGUCAGUCUGUUCGCAAACUCGUCGACUUAGCAGCAAAACGACAACAACGAAUGUCUGCUUCAAUAGUGACUAUCCACGAAGCAACUCCAGUGUCACCUACCUUCGUUGAUCCCAAGGGCACAGUAUUGUAUGCUCCAGUCGGAGGUCGUCUGGAACUGAGGUCCAAUCUCCAAACAAUCCAACCAGACGCGGAUAUUCGUUUCAGUUGGUCGCUGAAUGGUAGACCCAUUGAGAUUCCUGAAUCCGCGCAACAAAACAGGCUGUCACGAUACCAGAGUUAUGUAUCGAAGACUUCCGAUGUUGCAGUUUUACAAGUUCAUAAUUUGACAGAAAGCGAUUUUGGUGUGUACAUAUGCAAAGCGGUGAAUAUUCGUGGAUCAACAACCAAGGAAUUUAUUGUAAAAAAGGCUGACGCUCCGGUAUUUCUUGAAGUACCAGUCCCUGUGAUGACCGUCAAACUUCAUUGCUCAUUUGAACUGCCCUGUUGGGUUGACGCGGUUCCAACCGCUACGUUGUACUGGACACGGGACUCCAAACGUGUAGUUGAGUCACAUCGCACAAAAAUCGGAUCUAGAAUAUCUCGUACAAAAGAGGACGCACAGUGUUUCACAAUUAAUGCUUCACUGUCGGUUGACCGGUGUAUCUAUCAGGACGCCGGACUCUAUACCCUGGUUGCUGAGAAUAUCGCUGGACGUGUCCAAACCAGUUGUCUCAUACGCAUCGAAGGUCCCGUUCUUUCUUCCAGCUCUGGUAAUAUUCUUACUCUCGACUUUGAAUGUCUUCCUGCUCCAGAAUCACCGAUUCCAAAAUCUCCAACUCUUCGAUGGACCGACGUCGGAUUGCAUUACUACGUGCUUCGAAGGCUCGACAAGGGCGAUGUCAGCGAACUUCGUCUUUUGAUUGAUAAGCAGACAAACCAAGAAUAUGUGGGCAAGCUUUAUUUCCUCGACGAUCCGAUCGGGAGGGUUGCGGGAGCACGGGAGUUUGAAUGCUUAUCUCGCCUUUGUCACUCAAACGUUGUGCAGUUACACGAUGCAAUAGUCAGCGACAACGUUCUUGUGCUGAUUAUGGAACGGCUUACUGGUCCCAAUUUACUGAAGGCAAUGCUUCACUGUAACAACUGGUCAGAAUAUGCAACUGCGUCGGUUGUGAAGCAGGUCCUUGAGGCCGUGCAGCAUUUACAUUCUGAAUGUGUCGUACAUCUUGAUCUGCAGCCGGAAAAUCUAUUGUUUGCUCGAAACGUGACCGCAGAAACAUGGGAUGGCCAAACAUCAUAUACUGACCUAUUCAAAGCCUUGUCACCGCUAGUCAGUGACACCAUGGGUUUGAGGGAGACGGAUCGUCAUAAGAUGAGCGUUCUGAGUAGUCUUAUCAAACUGGUUGGUUUCUCGUCCGCGGAGCCGUUGGUGAACAAGUCAAAUGCUGGUCCGGUGUACUGUUAUCCGCCCCAACGAUUUCGACCGGAAUAUUCUGCUCCUGAAGUGCUAAUUGCAGCAAGCCAGUCGGCGAGCACGGACGCUGAGUCACCUAUUUCGGUCGGACCAGCAGCAGAUAUGUGGAGUGUGGGUGUACUCACCUAUGUGCUAUUAACUGGUUGGUGUCCUUUCUUUGACGUACAUUCUGGUGAGCCACUCCGUGAGCAGAUCCUGAACGCAAAUUUCAGCAUGGAUCUUUCAGAGUUUGACAGUAUUUCUGACAAUGCAAAGCAAUUCAUCAGGGACUUACUGCAGCCUAAUCCGGGGUCCAGGCCAACGGCCGCCGAAUGUUUACAGCAUCCAUGGUUGUCUACGCUGAAAAACAGCGACGGUCAAAACAUCGAAUAUCGUCUCGAACGUCUCCCUGUAUACUACGAAGCAUAUAAAAGCAAGCGACCCUGUAGUAGCCCACCUAAGGAGAAGCAACCUACCCAUUCAGAACCCCUAUCACCAACAGACAUAGACCGUAGUAUGUUGGAUUCUACCCUCAGUGAUACUCACCUCGAUGACCACCCCGCCAAAUUAGCUCAAGAUGUGAGACAACGCAUUCGGCAGCUAUCUUGUGGGCCAGCUCACGGCGAAGGUAAUUUGAGUGACAUAUCCUCAAGAGCAUCUUCGAUCCCAAGCUUUUCGGAUGUGCUUGAUCCUCAUGAAACGGAUUCCGAAAUUACUGGACGACACGGUCACAUCCCUUCCAUGGACGAUGCAUCAUUAGAAUUGCGAAAUAAACUGACUCUCCUCAGACAGGACACCUUGACUGAUGCGGUCCCCAUCGAAGAUGAGGUCAUUCAUGAGAACGGAAUCGAGGAGGCAGGCGACGAAACGGAGAAAAAGAUUACUUCAAAAUCUACGAAACGAGACAGUUCAUCACAGUCAUUAAUCCCAGCAGCGGCACCAACAUUCGCAAGCCCACUCCGGGACGCCUAUUUCAAUAUUCACUCUGGUGAAGCACGCUUUAGUUGCCAGCUUGCAGGAUUCGCCCACCUUCCUCCCGGAAUUCAUGGACAUCGCGAAGCCAUCGCCGACCUCUAUCCGACCGACGUCGUCAAUGCACAGACCGGACAUUCAUCGGCGACCGUUGCGGCUUGGUAUUUGGGUGGGUGUCUCUUGUCGGAUGGCCCCGGAGUUCAACUGGGGACUGGACCGGGAGGUUGGCUCUGGCUAUAUUUAUCAGAGUUGAAUGUGGAUCAAGCAGGUACAGUGGUCAAAUGUGUGGUAAGAAAUCGGGCCGGUAAGGCGAAAACCCAAGCUAGACUCUUGAUAGCAGACCCUCCUAAACCACCAGGUCGUCCAGGCAUGGCAGAGGUUCAUCCGACGGAGGCCCUAAUUACGUGGGCACCAUCAGAUGUAGAUGUCGGUGGAGAUCUCAUCUAUCGUGUUGACGCGAAAUUUGCAGCCAACAAUGGUCCAGCUGCAUGGCAUACGCUUGGGUUCACGGUCGACUGCCGGUUUUUGGCUAUGAAUCUACAGCCAGGCCUAUGUUACCGCAUGCGUGUUUCAGCUGGUAACUGUUGCGGAUGGGGAAACUAUAGCAUUGCAUCUUCCGAAUUCUACACACCCACAGACUAUCCAUCUCUAUCUGAUUCCUCUAAAGAUCGUUCAUCGGAGGUGAUAUCUUUGUUGAGCAAAGAUGAUCGGGAAUGGUUGUUGACCUGGAGGCAGUCGACUGACAUCUACGCACUCAGUGAACAUCCAGUGGCUGUUCAGUUCGGUAUGGCACUUGGCAAUGUGGUUCCACUCCCUGUGUCGGACAAAUCACUGCAAAAACUGCAAUGUCACGAUGGACUGAUCACGGAUUUGGAGGUACUUCGUGAAGUGUGCACUCCGGAAUACUUGGUUUACCGUGGUAAGUUUUCCAAGAUGCUGGUCGCCAGAACCAAUCCAAUGCUUACCGAUCGAGGAGAAGCUGCGCAAGACCAGCUGAUUCUGCCUCCAAGACUAUUCCUACGAAUCACUGAAAUUUCAGGCGAUGAUGAAUGUACUGAACAAAGGGCACGAAAGGAAGCGAUCCUUAUGACCGGACUGAAUACAUCCAGUGGAGGGAUGUUUGCCUCUGUCGAUGACUACUUUAGUGGUAUUGAUAACUCAUACUUGUUCACCGCUGCCAGACACUUGUUGCCCUGUGGUGCAUCAUUAGCCUGGUUGACAAACGAUGCUGUUAAACCAUCGAUUGGGGUGAGCGUUUCAUACUGGAUCCCCGGAGGUCAAUUAUUCGACGUGUUGGUUAGCCGAACAGAAUAUACUGAAUUUUCUAUCAUGCGAUGGACACAACAGCUGCUGAUGGCACUACGUUGGCUCUAUUCCAAAUUAUUUGGACGACCCCAUGGAGCGAUUAUUCCGAGACACAUUUUGGCCGCAAGACGUAGUUCUACACUACCAGAUAUUGUUCUUACAGGAUUUGGAGGUAGUAAUGAGGAAAUCAAUGGGGAACCGGAGUUUACAGCACCGGAAGUGUCCCAAGGAGAGCCCCUAUCAGUAUUCUCGGACCUGUGGAGCAUUGGUGCGCUCAACUACUUACUGAUGACAGGCAACUGCCCAGACGCAAAACUGGCGGAAGCAACCUACAAGAUUUUGACUGAGACGACAACAGAUGAAGAAAAGCCCAAGCCAACUGGUCACCAGGGUGACCCACACAAGCCACACUACAUCGAUUUCAAGAAACUCCACAUGUUUUCAAAGCCAGCCAAGAAAUUUGUCUAUAACUGUUUACAACCUGUACCAAAAAAACGUGGACACAUUGACUUUUGGCUGGAAUCUCGUUGGUUCGACAUCAGUACGGAGAACGUACAAAGACUGACCCGAACACCUAUUCCCAUCAGCCAGCUAAACGCCUACCGACUUCGGCACACUGAUCCUCUUCGAAGCCGUCCAAGCGCCGACGCUAGCGAUAUCCAGCUACCAUAAGGCGCCGAACAUUCACCCCUCUCCCGUUCCUUAGAGCGUGUUUUCGAGCCACCGACUCCUUCUCACCCUCGCGGACCUAAUUCGAUCGAGGAAAGCCUCAAUAUAAUUUGAAUAACAAAAUUCAAACCACCUUUCGACUAAACGAUUUCGUACCCCAACUUGCAGAUCAAAACUCAGCGGCGAACGCUGGCGUUACCCACGUUUCUGCAAGCCACUGUGAUUUAACCGGAAAGUCGUUUGGUCAGGAAACAGUCAUUUUUCCAUGCCAGUAAUCUCCGAAAAAAACAAGAGACAAACAACCUUUAUUCCCUCAGCUUUUCCCAACCAAAUGCAAAACCAACCCAACUAUGCCCGUCCAGUUGUGUUUCCAUUCCCUUGUGUAAGUUUUACCGAUAAACACCUAACCUGCUGCAUAGAUUGAACGCUGUAUGUUUAGUAAAUAAAAAUGACGAUUCAAU